CCGAGUUUCACUUUUUUUUUUGAAGAAACACCUCGAAACGGCGAUAUUCGAUUAGACAGCCCAAACAGCCAUGGUCAAGUCAUAUCUCCGGUGGGAACACCUAAAAACCUUCGGUGUUGUCGCCUCUGGCACCGCGAACGCCGUCUGGACACCCGAACCCUCUACCACGGCCGCCACAACGCGUACCACGGCCGCAGGUCGCGCAGUUGUCCCCGCAAACGAAGAAGUGCUCACCUGGGAUAUCAAGAAGGGCGAGCUUCUCUCCCGCUGGAACGACCCCAAGAACAAGUCGGAGGUGUCGGUGAUCUCGCAGAGCAGGACGGACAGCGAUAUAUUUGCGGUCGGUUACGUCGAUGGGUCUAUUCGCCUGUGGGAUUCGAAGACGGGAACGGUUGUGAUCUCGUUCAAUGGGCACAAAUCUGCGGUUUCGGCACUAGCGUGGGACGAGAGCGGCACCAGACUGGCGAGUGGUGGGCGCGAUGCACAUAUCAUUGUGUGGGACUUGAUUGCGGAAGUGGGGUUAUACCGUCUUCGUGGACAUAAGGAUCAGAUUACCGGACUACAAUUCCUGCGGCAUUCGGAGGACGAUGGGGACCAUAAGAUGCGGGAUGCGGCGGACGGCGGCGGCUGGAUUCUCAGUACUGGAAAGGACACUCUGAUCAAGUUGUGGGAUCUGUCUACGCAACAUUGCGUGGAGACACAUGUGGCACACCACGGAGAGUGCUGGACCAUGGCGCUCAUGCCGGACCACCGGGGGUGUAUCACUGCAGGCCAAGACGGAGAGAUGAAGGUAUGGUCAAUCGACACGGAGAAUCUCGAAUCGCGCGCGAGUAGUGGCAUGGAUUGUCUGGUCGACCGGGGAACACUAUAUCGGCAGAUCAGAGACCGAACAGCAUCAAUAAAUUUCCAUCCGGAUGGAAACUUCUUUGCGGUGCAUGGCAUCGACAAGAAUGUGGAGGUCUGGCGGAUACGAAAUGCAGAUGAGGUACAGAAAGCGAUGAAGCGGAAACGGAAGCGCAAGGAGCAAAAGGGCGAGAAGUUGGAAGAUGAGGGAAUAAUGGCGGCAAGCAUAGGGGAUAUAUUUGUCUCUUAUGUGGUGGUACGGUCUGGUGGGAAAGUGAAGAGCGUAGAUUGGGCGGUGAAGCCUCGGAGCAAGAGCUCUGAUCUGGAACUGCUCAUAUCUUGCACUAACAACUCGUUGGAAUUCUACACUAUCCAGAAGCAAGGAGAAAAGAAAACCGCGGAGUUACCUGAGUACAAUAAGCUAUAUUCCGUUGAGCUCCCAGGACACAGAACAGAUAUCCGGUCGGUGUCAUUGAGCACAGAUGAUCGAAUGUUGGCAUCCGCGUCAAAUGGCUCUUUGAAGAUAUGGAACGUAAGGACGGGGAUAUGUAUUAGGACAUUCGAAUGCGGUUACGCUCUAUGCUGUUCCUUCCUGCCCGGUGACAAGAUUGUCGUAGUGGGAACCAAGACCGGAGAAAUUGAGAUGUUUGAUGUGGCAUCGUCACAACUGAUCGAGACCAUCAAUGCCCAUGAGGGUGCAGUGUGGGCCUUGCAAGUCCACCCGGAUGGAAAGAGCAUGGUGACCAGCAGCGCCGACAAGUCUGCAAAAUUCUGGGAUUUCCAAGUUGUAGAGGAAGAGAUCCCAGGAACAAAGAGAACUACGCCACGGCUGAGACUCAAGCAGACCCGCGUCCUGAAAGUCACCGAUGACGUUCUGAGUGUCUGCUACUCUCCCAAUGGAAAGCUCCUUGCCCUGGCGCUGCUCGACAACACCGUCAAAGUCUUCUUCACCGACACCCUAAAACAUCUCCUCAACUUGUACGGACACAAGCUGCCCGUGCUGAACAUGGACAUCUCUCACGACUCGAAGCUGAUCGCCACAUGUUCCGCAGACAAGAACGUCAAAAUCUGGGGUCUUGACUUCGGUGAUUGCCACAAAAGUUUCUUUGCUCACCAGGACUCAAUCAUGCAGGUCAAGUUCGAGAAGAACUCGCACAACUUUUUCUCCGCUAGUAAAGAUAAGUUGAUCAAGUACUGGGAUGGUGAUAAGUUUGAGCAUAUCAUGAAGCUUGAAGGCCAUUUCGGAGAGGUGCUUGCGCUUGCGGCUGGUAAGUCCAGUGAUAUCAUUGUCAGUGCGAGUCACGACAAGAGUAUCCGAGUAUGGGAGCAAACCGACGAGCCUAUAUUCCUCGAGGAAGAGCGGGAGAAAGAACUCGAAGAACUCUAUGAGACCACUCUUACCACAUCCCUUGAGGGCGAAGGUGAGGAUGGUGAAGCAACCUCCGCCGGAAAGCAGACCUUGGAGACUCUCACGGCGGGAGAGAACAUCAUGGAAGCGCUUGAACUGGGUAUCAACGAUCUUGCUUUGAUGAAGGAGUACUACGCCGCGAAGGAGUCAACACCAAACCUUGCCAUGCCACCAAGAAAUGCGCUGUACAUCGCACUCGGCGGGAUAAGUGCGGAGAGGCAUGUGCUCGAUGUUGUCAGGAAGAUCAAGGCAGCAAGCUUGCAGGAUGCUUUGCUAGUUUUGCCGUUCGAUAAGGCUGUGGAUAUGCUCACUUUCCUUGACAUCUUUGCUGAAAGAGAAUGGAAUAUCCCUCUCGCCUGUCGCGUCCUCUUCUUCCUCCUCAAGACACAUCACAAACAGAUCGUGGCGAGCAAGACGAUGAGGAACAUGCUGGAUAGUAUACGCGGUCAUCUGCGGGCAGCGCUGAAACACCAAAAGGAUGAAAUGGGCUUCAACCUUGCGGCAGUGCGAUACAUCAAGGGUGGUGUCGACGCGAAGAAAUCCAAGAACUUUAUAGACGAGGAGGAGUUCAAGGACAUGGAGGAGCGCAACAAGAAGAAGCGUGGAUUUGCAACUUUGGCAUAAGAAAGGAAGCGGACGGAACCAUAUUUCGGUGUAAUAUAGAUGU